CUGAAUAAAACGUAAAACCCUCCUCUGCGCGCAGCUAGGGUUUAAGGAUCGAAAACAGUUUCCAAAAAAACCGAAAUCGUGGUUGGUCACUGAUAUGGAAAUCAUGGUCUCCUUCAUACUAUUAAUUUCACCUUUCUUUCUUCUUCUUCUUCUUCCAAACCCUAAUUUCCCACCCACACCCUCGACAUGGGUGACCUCGAAGAAGACCCUCUUCUUCUCAACGACAUUGCCCUCGCCGAUUCCUUCAUCAAUUUCGAUUACGCCCCCGACCCUGUGCCCGAUUCGAAUGGCACCGGGUCCGGGUCGACGGAAAUGGGUUGUGCCGGCGGUGGUGGUGGUUGUGGUGGCAUUGAGGAAGCCAUUGAGAAAAUCAGCUUGGUUGGAAGUACUGAGUGUGAGGGGAAUGGAAGUGGUGAGGUUAGGGUUGAGACUGAGAAUGAGACUGAGGGUGAGGAAGUAGCUGAUGUUGAGAGUAAGAGUUUGGUAUCUGAGAAUGCUGCUACAACGUCGUCUUUAACUUCCUCUGUAACCAGCUCAGGGAGUGAUAGUGAUGAGAAAGGUGAAGUUGAAGAAGGUGAGAUUGUAGAUUCUGAUGCCUAUGAUGAUAAUGAUGAGGAGGAGGAGGAGGAGGAGGAUGAUGAUGAUAGCGAAGAAGGUUCUGAGGAGACGGCUAGUAGGGGCGUCCUCGAUGAUGCUGGAAGACCCGUUAUGUCAAAAAACGACGACGAGCUUGAGGUUUUACCUUGGGUUCCUCCUGUGAAUGUGACCUUAGGACCACACCAUCAAAUGCUGCCAGUGGGAGUUGUCAUGUCGAUUCUUGGUGCUCAAGUCAUUGUGGAAGGGGUGGAGAAGCAUGACCCUCUUAAUGAGGGCUCCAUUCUCUGGAUGACUGAAAGCCGAAGACCACUGGGAUUCAUAGAGGAGAUCUUUGGACCAGUAGAACAUCCUUAUUAUAUUGUGAGAUACAAUUCUGAGAAUGAAGUCCCUGAAGGUAUCCGUGGGGGAACUUUAAUCUCUUUUGUUCCAGAAUUUGCCAAUCAUGUGCUUCGUGAUGAGGAACUUUACAAGAAAGGAUACGAUGAAGAGGCUUCUGAUGACUCAGAAUUUUCAGAUGAUGGGAAAGAGGCCGAGUACAAGAGAAUGCAGACAAUGGCAAAGAGAGGCAUACAAGAUCAAAAUCCUGGGAAGAGGAAAAACAACAGAAAUGAAGUUCCAUCAAGAAAUGCUUUCGUCCCUACAUUACCUGUUGCACCUGCCACAUCAUUACCUGACCAUGGUCAUUAUUCAUCUAUUCCAGGACCCGGAGGGCAAGGCCAUUUUAGCGCAUCUAAUGUAAAUCCUCCUUAUCCUCCAAAUGUAGGUCCUAACUUAACUACAAGUGGAGUGGGGACAAGUGGGACAGCACUUCCACAACAGUUUGCAGUGCCUCCUAAUGGAUUUCCUACAAAUGAUGUAUCAUGGUACCAAGGAAAUACUCAAAAUUUUCAUCAGUUCCCCGCACCAGGAAUUCCAUUUCAACAGCAGCUAAAUUCCGUCCAUGGGUACCCAAAUAAUACUCAGAUUUCUCAUCAGGUUCCAGUACCAGGUAUUCCAUUUCAACAGCAGUUAAAUCCCGUCCAUGGGUACCCAGAUAAUACUCAGAUUUCUCAUCAGGUUCCCGUAGCAGGAGUUCCAUUUCAACAGCAAUUAAAUCCCAUCCAUGGUUACCAAGGUAAUACUCAGAUUUCCCAUCAGGUUCCUGUACAAGGAGUUCCAUUUCAACAGCAGUUAAAUCCUGUCCAAGGGUACCGAGAUAAUUCUCAAAUUUCUCAUCAGUUCCCAGCACCACCAGGAGUUCCAUUUCAACAGCAGUUUAAUCCUGUCCACGGGUACCCAGAUAGUACUCAAAUUUCUCAACAGCUUCCCGUACCAGGUUUUCCAUUUCAGCAGCAGUUAAAUCCAGUUCAUGGGUACCCAAACAAUACUCAAAUUUCUCAUCAAUUUCCCGUACAAGGAACUCUAUUUCAACAGCAGUCAAAUCCCGUCAAUGGGUUUCCUCCAGCAACUACAUUUCCUGGAGCACAGCCCAACAUGUUUGCACAACCCAUGUAUGCUCAGAGGCCUGUGAAUCAAAACCAAAUCACACCUGGGUUGAGCACACCUUUCCCGCAGGAUCAAUCACCUAUUAAUAUGCAUUCUAGUUUUAUUUCAGGCAAUCAGCAUGCUCCCCAUCAAUUUAAUCCUGGUCCAUCUGCUAAUUAUCGGCGAAAAAAAUAUAACCGACCGGGUAAGAGAGGUUGGCGACCAGGUAAGUGAAGGUUAACAUGCACUCUUAGUGCAUAUUGAUAUAAUUUCUUUGGUCGGGAUAUUUUGGAUGAGAAGCACUGUGUGCUUCCCUUUUUUGUAAUUUCUGGGAUUAAGAGGAAUUCUUAAACAUACCGUCGUCUUAGUUAGAACUUGACUUGUAUAGUCUGCUACCAACUUUUUUGCUCCUUUGAGUUGUACAUGAUUGGCACAAACUAUGCCAAGUUUGAUUUAGGCCUACUUCUCCUAAGUGGGUUUCUUGUUAGCUUAAUUAUUGGGGAAACAAACUCAUCAAGUGGUGUUU